AUGCUGCUCAAUGCAUUCAUUCUCGUUCCAAUUGUCACAUGGUAUAGAGCAGGUUCCCUCGUGGGAACUGUUCCUAGGGCCCACCGUAAGAUUUUUUUUCCUGCCCGGAGCGCGCUCCGCCCCUGCCCGAGUCGCGCUCCCCUCCCCUCGCUUCCCUUAGCGGCCCCGUCGCGCCGCGCUUCCGGCCCCGGCGCCGCCUCUGCUGGCCCCGGCGCCCCCCUGUCGCGACCCCGCGGCCCCACCCUCGCGUCGCCCUGCGCGGCGUCGUUACAGCCGCCCGCGACCCCGACGCCGCACGUCGCGACCCCGUCGCCCUUCGCGCCGCCCGCGACCUCGUCGCCGCGGCCGCCUGCGACCCUACCGCUGCAGCCGCCCGCGACCCUGUCGCCGCAGCUGCCCGCGACCCUGCCGUCGCCGCCGCCCGCGACCCUGCUGUCGCAGCCGCCCGCGACCCUACCGUCGCCGCCGCCCGCGACCCUGCAGUCGCAGCCGCCUGCGACCUCGUCGCCGCGGCCGCCUGCCCUCCCGUCGCCGCAGCCGCGCGCGACUCCUGUGGUCGCAGCCGCCCGCGACCCCCCGUCGCCCCACCCGUGCGACCCCACCGCCGCCCUUUGCGGCCCCUUCGCCAUCCCUUCGCGGCCCCGCCGAGCAGCCGCGCCGCCGAGACGCCGCCGCCGCCGAGCCGCCGAGCCGUCGAGCCGCCGAGCCGCCGAGCCGUCGUUGCCGCCGAGUUGCCGAGCCGUCGAGCCGCCACUGCCGCCGUGCUGCCGAGCCGCCGAGACGCCGGUGCCGACGAGCUGCCGAGCCGCUGAGCCGCCGAGCCGCCGUUCCUGCCGUCCCGGCCCUGUUCCUGCCGACGCGCCUCGGUCCUUCUCGCCUGCCCGUGUCCUCACUUUUGACGCUGAGGGUCGGGCCAUUGACUUUGACGUCUGGGUAGAUGACCUGCAGCUUUUCCUACUGAGCGACAGAGCAGACGGCCUCUCCCUUUUUGACCUCACCUCUGGUGCCUCUCCUGCCCCUGCUGCUGAUGCUGACCCCACUGUUCGCUCCCAGUGGGCCACACGCGAUGCUGCUGCCCGCCUUGCUGUGCGCCGCCACUUGCCGACCUCUGAGCGUGCGCACUUUAGCCAGUACAAGAGUGCUAAGACCUUGUACGACGCUGUAGUUGCGCGCUACUCUUCCCCUGCCACUGCUGCGCUUAGCCGCCUUAUCCUACCGUACCUCUUCCCUGACCUCGCCGCUUUUCCCACUGUCGCUGACCUCAUUACGCACCUUCGCACUAGUGACACUCGCUACCGCGCUGCGCUUCCUGCUGAGGACCACUUCCUCUCUGUUUGCCCCACCACCCUCACCGUUGACCUCCUCGAGGAGCGCCUGCUCGCGGCAGAGAAGAGCAUAGUCGCAGUAGGUGCCUCUCGUGGUGACCCUCGUACCCCUGUCUUUGAGGGGUGCUCCCCCUCUCCCCUCUUGCCCUCUGUUGCCUCUGCUGCUGCGGCCGACCUCGUUGGUCUUGAGUCGGUCGCUGCGGCGUCUGCCCCUAGCGGGAGACGCCGCCCUGGCAAGGGCAAGGGGGGCAAGGGUGCUGGAGGGGCUGGAGGGGGCGGUGGAGGCGGAGGUGGAGGUGGUGGAGGGGGUGGGGGUGGCGGUGGGGGUGGUGGCGGGGGUGGGGGCGUCGGUGGCGGGACUGGAGGUGGAGGUGGAGGCGGCGGUGGCGGUGGGAGCGGAGGUGGCGGAGGUGGCGGUAGUGGAGGAGGUAGCGGCGGAGGCGGCGGAGCUGGUCGGGGUGGCGCUGCGCAGAGGGGUGGCUCCGGUGGUGGUGCGCGCCAGCAGCAGCAGCAGCAGCAGCGUACCCGUGAGACCCCUUCCCCCCAGCAGCUUCGUGAGUGGUACGCUGCUCGUCAGCGGGGUGGGGGUGCUGGCCCCUGCACCUACGUUCUCCGUACCGGCGACCGGGCGGGUGAGCAGUGUGGAGGCCCGCACCCCACCCAGCGCUGCUUCGGUCGGCUGACAGACGCGUGGCGCCACCAGUUCCCCGACGCUACGGAGAUCCCUCGCUGGGGCGAGCUGUCUAGGGCGGGUGUUGCAAUCUAUGAUCUUGACUUUGAUGCUAUUCUUGCUGCCAUGUAUGCUGUGACUAUUAGUGAUGAGGGUGACUGUUACCGGUGUUUCCCGCCUGACCCAGGCAUAGAGGCUGCUGCGCUAGGUACUUGUGAGGCUGCUGCUCUAGGUGCCAGUGCGUCUGCUGCCCCAGGUGCCGGUGAGUUUGCGCUCUCAGGUGCUGCGUCGCCCCCGGACACCCACACCUUCACCCUUGACUCGGGUGCUUCCCGCUCCUUCUUUCGAGACUGCACCACUCUCACAUCACUCAGUCGGCCUGUUGCGGUCUCCCUAGCGGACCCCUCUGGGGGUCCUGUCCUUGCUCACUACUCCACUGUCCUACCGUGUCCAGCGGUCCCGUCUGGCUCCCUGUCGGGUCUCUACCUCCCCUCGUUCUCUACGAACUUGGUGGCGGGUGCUGACCUCCAGGAUGCAGGAGUUGACCAGUUCACCCCUGCGCGUCAGCGGGUGACCCACUGCACUUGUGCGGACACGGGCCGCCACUUGGCCACGUUUGCUCGUCGGCCAGGGUCGAGCCUGUACACACUGACUACUGAGUCUUCCCCAGUCACUGAGUCUGCUCAGGUAGCCGCGUCGGGUCAGGUGUUUGCUGCGGCGUCCAGGUCUGGUCCUGAGUCUGCCCCCUGCUCGUGUCGUCUCCUGUCUCACCGGACUCUCCUCUGGCACCACCGUCUUGGUCACCCCUCCCUGCCUCGCCUUCGAGGCAUGGCUUCCCGUCUUCUUGUUUCUGGUCUCCCCCGGUCCCUCCCUCCUCUUCCUCCGGGGCCUGCCCCCACCUGCGUUCCCUGCGUCGAGGGGCGGCAGCGCGCUGCUCCUCACUCCUCCGAGUUUCCUCCGACAGAGGCUCCGCUGCAGACGCUUCACAUGGACGUGUGGGGCCCAGCCCGCGUCCGUGGGCAGGGUCAGGAGCGCUACUUCCUGCUGGUGGUUGACGACUACUCGCGUUACACCGCAGUCUUCCCCUUGCGCAGCAAGGGUGACGUCACUGAGACCUUCUGUCGCACACGAGGCAUCCGCCAGACCUUCACGCUUCCGGACUCUCCGCAGCAGAAUGGGAUUGCUGAGCGCCGCAUCGGCAUGGUCAUGGACGUCGCUCGUACGUCCAUGAUCCAUGCGGCUGCUCCCCAUUUUCUGUGGCCGUUUGCGGUUCGGUACGCGGCGCAUCAGCUCAACCUUCACCCCCGGGUCUCCAUGCCGGAGACCUCCCCUGCUUUGCUGUGGACGGGGAAGGUUGGUGAUGCGUCGCGUUUUCGGGUCUGGGGAUCUAGGGCGUUUGUCCGCGACUUGUCUGCGGACAAGCUGUCCUCUCGUGCUGUUCCCUGCGUCUUCCUUGGCUUUCCCCCUGACGCGCCAGGCUGGCAGUUCUACCACCCCACCUCGCGCCGUGUCUUCGCGUCCCAGGACGUCACCUUUGACGAGUCGGUUCCCUACUACCGUCUCUUCCCCUACCGCACUGCGUCCCUCCCUCCCCCGCCGCUCUUCCUUACACCAGGCCCCCCUCCGGUAGACCCCCUCCCCCCUCAGGGUCCUGCUCCCUCAGGUGUGUCCCAGGUAGAUGCAGUUGAGCCAGUCGAGGUAGCUGUUGACUCUGGUACUGCUGGUGGUGCUGAGCCUGGGGGUGCUGGGUCUGGGGGUGCUGCGACUGGGGGUGCUGGGUCUGGGGGUGCUGGGUCUGGGGGUGCUGAGCCUGGGGGUGCUGAGCCUGGGGGUGCUGAGCCUGGGGGUGCUGCGCCUGGGGGUGCUGCGCCUGGGGGUGCUGCGCCUGGGGGUGCUGAGCCUGGGGGUGCUGAGUCUCGGAGUGCGGAGCCUGAGAGUGCUGGACCUGCUCGUCCGGCGUCUGGUGGUGCUGAGCCUGGCGGUUCCUCCGGUGCUUCGUCCCGGCGGGAGCUGCUCUCUCCACAGGAGCUGCGUGAGUGGUUCGCCCGGCGCUGGCGACGUGCUGCUGGAGCUGGUGGUGCUGCAGGAGCUGGGGGUUCUACUGCUGCUGAGAGUGCUGGUGCCGAGGGUCCCAGAGGUGCUCGUACCGAGUGUACUGGAGCUGCUGACCCUACGAGUGCUCCUCCUGCUGGAGCUGGUGGUGCUGCUGGUGUUGCUGGCGCUGGAGCUGCUGGUGCUGCUGGAGCUGCUGGUGCUGCUGGUGCUGCUGGUGCUGCUGGUGCUACUGGCGUUGGUGCUGCUGGAGCUCCUGGAGCUGGAGCUGCUGCGUCUUCGGGUGGUCCGGCUGGAGCUGGAGCUACUGGGGGUGUUGGCGCUGGGGGUGCUCCUGGCGCUGGUGCUGCUGGGGGUGCUGGAGUUGGAGCUGCUGGAGUUGCGGGUCUUCCUGGUGCUGGUGCUCCCGCUGGGGGCGCUAGUGCUGUUCCUGCUGGCACUGGUGGAGCUGCGCGGCCGCGGCCGUACUUCGUUCCGCUCCUUGAGCAGGUUCUUGGUCUUCCGUCCUCUCUUGGUCCUGCUCCUGCCUUAGAGUGUCCGCCUCCUGUCCAGUCUGAGUCACAGUUACAGCCACCUUCCCCGCUUCCUUCUCCUUCUCCCUACACUGGUCCUACUGGAGGUCUUGCUGAGCGUCGUGAGCCUGCGUCUCGCCCUGCGUCGCCUGUCCGUGCUGCUCGCACUAGUGGUCGUGGUUCGCGUCAGCGUCCUCCCCCUGUCCCCGGCACGCACCGGAUGUCUCUGCGUCCUUCCACUGCUCCGCUGCGUGCCCCUUUGCCCUCUCCUCCAGCGUCCUCUCUUCCUGAGCUUCCUGACCCGGAGUCGGACUCCCUUCGUGCUGCGCGUCCUACUGUCACGCGUCUCCUUGCUACUGUCGUCACUGACCCUUCCUUUGAGUCUACUGCUGCGUCUGCCCUAGUUGCUGAGCUUGUCAACUUCACUGCUCGCUGUCGCCUAGACUACGCUACCAGUCUCGUCGCUGAGUCUGAGUCUGUCUGUCCUCCGUCCGUCGGGGGUGAGUGUGCUCUUGGCACGGACGUCCUUGAGGACAGGCAGGAGGAGUUCCAGUGCUUGGCUGCUGUUUCACCUCAUCUCGUGUCCAUGCUGCUUGCCCCUGAGGGAGACCCGGAUGCACUUGACAUCCCGACUCCGCGCUCUUACGCGGAGGCGAUAGAGGGUCCCUACUCCUCUCAGUGGCAGACAGCCAUGGACGCAGAGAUGGCUUCCUGGAAGUCCACAGGCACCUACGUUGACGAGGUUCCCCCGCCUGGGGCGAACAUCGUCAGUGGCAUGUGGAUUUUCAGGGUGAAGCGGCCGCCGGGUUCUCCGCCUGUCUUCAAGGCGCGUUACGUGGCUCGUGGUUUCAGUCAGCGGCAGGGAGUUGACUACUUUCAGACUUUCUCCCCCACCCCGAAGAUGACCACUCUUCGGGUACUGCUGCACAUAGCUGCUCACCGAGACUACGAGCUGCACUCUCUUGACUUCAGCACUGCUUUCUUGCAGGGCAGCCUUCACGAGGAGAUCUGGCUGCGCCGCCCACCUGGCUUCACUGGGACUUUUCCUCCUGGCACCCAGUGGAGCCUCCGGCGGCCAGUCUACGGUCUCCGCCAGGCGCCUCGUGAGUGGCACGACACACUGAGGACUACACUUGCGGCCCUUGGGUUUGCUCCUUCUACUGCCGACCCGUCGCUGUUUCUGCGCACCGACACUUCUUUGCCGCCGUUCUACAUCCUCGUGUACGUCGACGACCUGGUCUUUGCUACAGCUGACACUGCUGGACUUGCCUACGUGAAGUCCGAGCUGCAGAAGAGACACACGUGCACAGACCUGGGUGAACUGCGCAGCUACCUUGGCUUGCAGAUCACCAGGGACAGAGCACAGCGCACCAUUACCCUGACUCAGUCACAUAUGGUGCAGCAGGUCCUUCAGCGCUUCGGCUUCACGUACUCCUCGCCUCAGGCCACUCCUCUGCCUACGCGCCACUCGCUCUCAGCUCUGCCUUCGGAUGAGUCCGUAGAGUCGAGUGGCCCGUACCCAGAGCUUGUCGGCUGCCUCAUGUACCUGAUGACCUGCACUCGACCUGACCUUGCAUACCCUCUUAGCAUUCUGGCACGCUUUGUUGCUCCUGGGAGACACAGACCAGAGCACAUGGCUGCAGCGAAGAGGGUGUUGCGCUACUUGUGCAGUACGUCGGGCAUGGGGCUUGUGCUUGGAGGGCAUAGUUCAGUGGUCCUCACUGGUCACGCAGACGCUUCUUGGGCUGACGACCAGGCUACGCAGCAGUCGUCACAGGGUUACACCUUCAGCCUUGGUUCCGGCUCUGUUUCUUGGCGGUCUACCCGCUCGUCUUCUGUUCUCGCCUCCAGUUGUGAGGCUGAGAUCUACGCAGGGGCCAUGGCUGCACAGGAGCUACGCUGGCUCACCUACCUGCUGACUGACCUGGGAGAGCCGCCUCGUUCUCCUCCAGUGCUGUACGUAGACAACAAGGCCAUGCUGGCCUUGUGUCAUGAGCACAGACUGGAGCACAGAACGAAGCACAUCGCUCUCCGCUACUUUCUUGCUCAUGAGCUGCAGCAGCGUGGUCAGCUGCGCCUUGCUUACGUGGCCUCUGAGGCCAACACUGCUGAUAUCUUCACUAAGGCACUCGCGCCUUGUGAUCAUCAGCGCUUCUGCACUCUGUUAGGUCUUGUACCUACCUUGCCUCACUUGCUUACUUCUUGA